AAUUCAGUGACCUAUGAGGAUGUUCACAUUGACUUCACUGAGGAUGAGUGGAUUUUGCUGAAUCCUUUCCAACAGAGUUUUUACAUAGAUGUGAUACUGGAGACAUACAGGAACCUCACCGCUCUUGGGUACUAUUGGGAAGACCAUAAUUUUGAAGAGUAUUGUCAAAGUGCUAGAAAACAUGGAAGGGAUGAGAGAAACCAUAUUGGACAAAAGCCCUCUGAAUAUCCUCAGUGUGAUAAAGCCUUUGCAUGUUACAGUCAUCUUCAAAGGCUUGAAAAAUUUCAUUCAGCAGAGAAGCCAUAUGAUGGCAUUCAAUAUGAUGAAGCCUUUGCAGGUACCAGUUCUCUCCAAUUACUUCAAAGUACACAUGCUGAAGAGAAUCUCUAUGAAAGUAAUCAAUGCAGUAAAGACUUUUCAUAUGUCAGAAGUCUUCAAGUUCACAGAAGACAACAUUCUGGAGAGAAAACUGAUGAAUGUAAUCAAUGUGAUAAAGCUUUUUCAAAAUGCUCUAAACUCCAAAUACAUGAAAGAACACAUACUAAAGAGAAACGCUACGAAUGUAAUGAAUGUGGUAAACUAUUUCCACAUCAGUCUAAUCUCCAAAUACAUAAAAGAACACAUACUGGAGAGAAACCCUACACAUGUAAUCAAUGUGGUAAAGCCUUUGCACAGAAAAGUCAAGUUCGAGUACAUCAGAGGAUACAUACUGGAGAGAAACCUUAUCAGUGUAAUGAAUGUGGUAAAGCCUUUUCACAGAACAGUAGUCUCCAAAUACAUCAAAGAACACAUACUGGAGAGAAACCCUACACAUGUCAUCAAUGUGGUAAAGCCUUUUCACAGAACAGUAAAGUUCGAGUACAUCAGAGGAUACAUACUGGAGAGAAACCUUAUCAGUGUAAUGAAUGUGGUAAAGCCUUUUCACAGAACAGUAGUCUCCAAAUACAUCAAAGAACACAUACUGGAGAGAAACCCUACACAUGUCAUCAAUGUGGUAAAGCCUUUUCACAGAACAGUAAAGUUCGAGUACAUCAGAGGAUACAUACUGGAGAGAAACCUUAUCAGUGUAAUGAAUGUGGUAAAGCCUUUUCACAGAACAGUAGUCUCCAAAUACAUCAAAGAACACAUACUGGAGAGAAACCCUACACAUGUCAUCAAUGUGGUAAAGCCUUUUCACAGAACAGUAAAGUUCGAUUACAUCAGAGGAUACAUACUGGAGAGAAACCUUAUCAGUGUAAUGAAUGUGGUAAAGCCUUUCCACAGAACAGUAGUCUCCAAAUACAUCAAAGAACACAUACUGGAGAGAAACCUUAUAAAUGUAAGCAAUGUGAUAAAGGUUUUGCGUAUCAUGGUGAACUUCAAAGACAUCAAAGAACACAUACUGGAGAGAAGCCCUUUGAAUGUAAGCAAUGUAAUAAAGCUUUUUCAGAGCGCUCUAAACUCCAAAGACACAAAAUAACACAUACUGGAGAGAAACCCUAUGAAUGUAAUCAAUGUGGUAAAGCCUUUUCAUAUACCAGUACUCUCAAACUUCACAAAAGAACACAUACUGGAGAGAAGCCAUAUGAAUGUAAUCAAUGUGAUAAGGCCUUUUCACAACUCCGUAGUCUAAAAACACAUAAAAGAACACAUACUGGAGAGAAACCUUAUGAAUGUACUCAGUGUAGUAAAGCCUUUGCAUGUUAUACAAGUGUACACAUCUAUCCAAGAACACAUGCUGAAUAGACACCCUACAAUUUUAGCCAAUGUGGUAGAGCCUUUGUAUGUGUCAUCAGGCUUUAAAAUCUUGAGAAUAAAAUCAUACUGCAAAGAAACUUUUUUUUUUUUCUUUUUUUGGUUUAUCGAGGUAGGGUUUCUCUCUGUAGCAUUGGAGUCUGUUCUGGAACUCACUCAUAGACAAGGCUGGCCUUUAACUCACAGAGAUUUGUCAGUCUCUGUCUCCCAAGUGCUGGAUUAAAGGGGUGUGCCACCCCAGUCCAGCCUGUCAAACACUUUAGGUGCAAUCAGUGUGGUAAAGUUUUCCUCUUCAUGGUAGUCUUUAUAUGAGAGUAAACUUUUAGUACAUAAGGAGUCUAUUACGGCCUUUGCAAAUCACAGUACUCUGAUGACAUGACAAGAUUCAUACUGAAGGGAAUGUGACUAUAAAUAUUUUGGAAAUAUCUUCAGGCAACACACAUUUACUUACAGAAGACUGGGAAGAAAACAAGUCUACAAGUGUCAAGUCUGUUCAACCAUUAUAAAGUCUCCAUUGUUAAUUGCAGAUGCAAAAUUAUAUGGACAAAAGUCCUGUGCAUUUAGUGAUAAGGUAACUUUUUGAUUUCUCACCUUUCUUCAUUUAUAUAAAUAAAUCUGGAGAAGUUAGCUUGAUUCGGGAAAUAACCAGGCUAGCUUUAAGAUAAACAAUUACAUUUCUACAUAUUAUGAGGGGAAACUCAAGCUACAAAAAGGGAAAGUCCAAGUUCUUCUGUUUCCCAUGGAAAUCACCCAGAGCUCAAGCACCUGGUCCAUCUCAGUUUUUCUUCUGGGUUCUAGGAGAGCACGCCUCAACUAUGUUCCACUUCUUAAAUAUGAUAGAUUAACCAAGCUUCCCCUAUCCCUUAUCCAGAUGUAAAAUUUUAUAGAUGUGUAUGAUGCCUCUUUUUUGUCUAUGAUAAAACAUAAUGUCUAAGUCAAUUAAUAUAAUAGUUUAUUGUGACUCUGAGUUCCACACCGUUAUAUGAUCACUUUGAAAAUUGUAAUAAGAAGUGUCAGACAUGACAGCUACAUUUGGAAGCUAAGAACUCACAUCCUCAGCCUGCAGCAUGAACCAGGUGUAGGAACUUGAAAUGGUGUGUGAAUGUAUACUCUCAGGAAAAAAAAAAUCAUGACUUAUUUCUUCCAGGAUGACAAUAUUUUCUAAACUUUCCCAAAUGAUGCCAUUAAUUGAGAAUGAUUAAUAUCCAUAACUUCAAGUCUACAUUCUUGCUCUCUAUUGCAUGAUCCAAAUCAUGAUUGAGAAAACCUCUGGAAGUAAGCCUUUAAAUGUUUCAAAACCUAGGUUACAGGAAUGAAUGCUUACAGGAGAAAAACAUUCUUGAAUAAAAAAAUGCUUA